AUGAUGGAGAUGGAUAAGUUUAAUUAAAGAAUAUAUUAAUAUCAAAAAUGCAAUGCAAUUAUUUAUGUAAGAGAUGUUUUGAUCCAGAAUCUAAUCAAUGUAUUCAGUGUUCCUUAAAAUGGCAUUUGUAUGCAGUGUCCUUCAAAUAGUAUUUUGCGUCCAGAACUUGGAUGCGGAUUAGGUUGUGAUAUCAAUUAAUCAUUUAACUUUAACAAUUAAUGUCAAUACUAUCCAAGUAUAUAUUAAAUUUUAUUGAAAAGGUUUGACGACACUUUUUGCUGAUUAUAUAUAACUUUAAGAGAGAACUCAAAUAAAAGUUCUUUAAGAUUUCAAAAAUACUGAUCAAUAGCCUAUAUAUUUUAAUUAUAAGGGAAGAAAGGACAUAUUAGGACUAUUUAAAUUUAAUCAAGGAACAGAAAGAUUGAAAUGA